CAGCUGACUAAAUGACGGUCUGGCAACGCGCACGCUUUUUCAGGUAAUCGCGACACAAAUAUUUUAUAAACAUGCAGAAAUAUGAUAAAAUGGAAAAGAUUGGCGAGGGCACUUACGGCACGGUGUUCAAGGGCCGCAAUCGGGAUACUAUGGAAAUUGUGGCACUAAAAAGAGUCCGCUUAGAUGAAGACGACGAGGGAGUGCCUAGUUCCGCGCUGAGAGAAAUAUGCUUACUGAAGGAACUAAAACACAAAAAUAUUGUACGACUCUGUGAUGUGUUGCACUCCGAUAAAAAGUUGACAUUGGUAUUUGAGCACUGUGAUCAGGACCUGAAAAAGUACUUUGACAGUUUGAAUGGAGAAAUCGAUAUGGCAGUUUGCCGAAGCUUUAUGCUGCAACUGUUGCGCGGCUUAGCCUUCUGUCACAGUCACAAUGUGCUGCAUCGAGAUUUGAAACCACAAAAUUUGCUCAUCAACAAGAACGGAGAAUUGAAGCUGGCUGAUUUUGGAUUGGCACGCGCCUUCGGCAUACCUGUCAAAUGCUAUUCAGCCGAGGUGGUAACGCUGUGGUAUCGUCCACCUGAUGUGCUUUUCGGUGCCAAACUCUAUACGACGAGCAUCGAUAUGUGGUCAGCGGGUUGUAUAUUAGCUGAAUUAGCUGAUGCAGGGCGUCCACUAUUUCCUGGCUCCGAUGUCCUUGAUCAAUUGCUGAAAAUAUUCCGGGUGCUUGGCACACCAACUGAGGAAUCUUGGCCCGGUGUCUCGCAUCUUUCCGACUAUGUUGCGCUUCCAUCUUUUCCGCCAAUUACAUCGUGGAGCCAACUUGUACCAAGACUGAAUGCUAAGGGCCGUGAUUUACUUCAAAAACUCCUAGUUUGCCGUCCGAAUCAGAGAAUUAGUGCGGAAGCCGCAAUGCAGCACCCGUUUUUCACAGACACCUCCUCGUCGGGUCAUUAAUGUGGCAAUCAAAGUUCACUUAUAGUUCUUACGACUGUUUCAAUAAUAUAUAAUAUAAUAUAAUAUAUAAA